AUGAGAGCUUCUUUCCUAGGUUCGGGAGUUCUCUCAGCUCUUUUAAUACCAGCCUGCGCCGCUAGCUCGGCUUCUGCUGCCGUUUACGAGCUUUCGCACAGCCAUGGUGCAAAUGAUGUGAGUGCUUCGUUCAAGGCUAGUCAAUUAUAUUUUGCAGAUAAAUUGGACCUUGGUGACUUCUUUGUGGUUGACGAGUCUGAUAUUGAGACGUUAAAUAAAUUGCACCAUAAGGAAAUUGAAUCGUCUAGGCCAAAGCUUUUGAUUGAAUUGAGAGGAGUGGACACCCCAUCCGACUUCUUUGAGAGCCAGGGUUUGGCUCCAACAUUCAGCGUCAAGGACCAUGUAAAGGCCUUUGCUGAUAAUACCGUACACAAACUUGCAUCGAUGCUUGCGUCCAAUUCUGACAAUUCAGGUGCAGCCCAUUUGACCAAAGAGAUCAAGGCAGUUGCUCCCAAGGAAUCUAUUUCCGAGCUCAAGGAAUCUUUCCACCAAUUUGAAGACACCAUGGUUGCUGCGUGGAAACAGUUCACCGGCAAAAGCGACCAUCACAAGCGUGACCAGCGUCUUCUUGACCUCGGGCUUCAGGACUCUGGCUUGAAACUUGUGAAUGACAAGAAUUUCAUCAAUGAUCUUGCUUCCUUGAUGAAUUUGAAAGCCUGUGAUGUUGCUGAGAAGUCUGUGCUUUUUGUCAAGUCGAUGUCACUUCUUUCGAUUGGUCGCAAGAUUGGGUACGACACAAAAACCUACAAGUUGUCCAAAAAGGCCCUUGGAGACGUGCUACUUGAAUUACAAAAGAAGUUUGAUGUCACUAUUAUUGCUGUUGGACUUGACUCCGUGCUCCAUGAAGACCAGCAGGCUGCCUUGGAGAAACGUAACGCUGAGUUGGAGUCUUUGUUCACAACUUUCGAUAAGCGUACCACCAGUGGUGCUUGUUUCAGCGAUGAAGAAGCCUGUAACAAGGCAACUUCAAACUGUUCUAGCCAUGGCCUGUGCAAAGAAUCUAAGAAAGGCUGCUGGCAAUGUGCUUGUAAGGCCACUUACGACAAGGAGAAGAGCAAGACAACCAAGUGGAGUGGUUUCGAUUGCGGCAAGAAGGAUAUCUCUGCUACCGCCCAUCUCUUGUUGUGGACCUCUGUAGGGUUGAUCUUGUCUCUCGCAGCAGGUGUGAGGCUUCUUACCUCCAUUGGAAAUGGUCCCUUGCCUGGAGUGUUGGAGGCCGCCACGCAAGUCAAAAAGACAAGCCAAUAG